AUGUAUUCUCUCUUUCUCUUUUUUUUCUUUAUUCUCUUUAGGACGUAUCUCAUUCUCUCUUUUUCUUUAUCCAUCAAAUUUUUUAGGGCGUACCUCAUUCUCUCUUUCUCUUUAUCUAUAGGGGGCUUUAGGACUUAUCUCUUUCUCUCUUUCUCUUUAUCCAUAGGGAGGCCCUUCCUCAUUCUCUCUUUCUCUUUUCAUCUUUCGUUCUCUCUUCUUUCUCUUUUCUAUAGGGGCCUUUUAGACGUUUCUUUUUCUCUUUUUCUCUUUAUUCAUUCUCUUUCUCAUUCUCUUUUUUCUCUUUCUAUUUUCUCUUUAGGACGUAUCUCUUUUCUCUUUCUCUUUCUCUUCCUCUUUUCUCUUUCUCUUUUCUCGUAUCUCAUUCUCUCUUUCUCUUUAUCUAUUUUCUCUUUUCUCUUUAUCUCAUUCUCUCUUUUCUCUUUAUACAUAGGAGGCCUUAGGACUUAUCUCUUUCUCUCUUUCUCUUUAUCCAUAGGAGGCCUUAGGGCGUAUCUCAUUCUCUCUUUCUCUUUAUCUAUAGGGGGCUUUAGGACGUAUCUCAUUCUCUCUUUCUCUUUAUCCAUAGGAGGCCUUAGGGCGUACCUCAUUCUCUCUUUCUCUUUAUCUAUAGGGGGCUUUAGGACGUAUCUCAUUCUCUCUUUCUCUUUAUCCAUAGGAGGCCUUUUUUCUCUUUCUCUCAUUCUCUCUUUCUCUUUAUCUCUUUAG